AUGGAAACAAGAAAUUACACACAAAUUUCAGGAUUUGUUCUUCUAGGAUUUUCAGAUGAUCCAAAACUGCAGCCUUUCCUUUUUGGCAUUUUCCUGUCCAUGUACCUGGCCACUGUGUUAGGGAACCUGCUCAUCAUCCUAGCCACCAUCUCUGAUUCCCACCUGCACACACCCAUGUACUUCUUCCUCUCCAACCUCUCCUUUGUGGACAUCAGUUUCACCUCCACCACAGUACCAAAGAUGCUGGUGAACAUCCAGACUCAGAGAAAAGUAAUAACUUAUGAAGGCUGCAUCGCUCAAGUGUUUUUUUUUUCUACAUUUAUAAUGUUGGACAACUUUCUGUUGAGUGUGAUGUCCUAUGACCGUUAUGUGGCCAUCUGCCACCCUCUUCAUUACACGGUCAUCAUGAACCCCCAGCUCUGUGUAUUGCUGGUUCUAGCAUGUUGGAUCGUGAGUUUCCUAAAUGCUCUGUUACACAGCUUAAUGCUGUUGCGACUGUCCUUUUGCUCUGACUUGGAAAUACCACAUUUCUUCUGUGAACUUAAUCAAAUUGUGCAAGGUGCCUGUUCUGAUACCUUUCCCGAUGAUGUGGCAACAUAUGUUUCUGUUUUGCUGCUGGCUAUUGGUCCCUUUGCUGGCAUCCUUCACUCUUAUUUUAAGAUAGUUUCCUCCAUACGGGCAAUCUCAUCGGCUCAGGGGCGGUAUAAAGCAUUUUCCACCUGUACAUCUCACCUUUCAGUGGUCUCUUUAUUCUAUGGCACAAGCCUAGGUGUGUACCUGAGUUCUGCUGUCACUCAAAACCCAUAUGCUACUGAAACAGCCUCAGUAAUGUACACUGUGGUCACACCCAUGCUGAACCCCUUCAUCUACAGUCUGAGGAAUAGAGACAUCAAGGCUGCUCUGAAAAUAUUUCUGAAAAAGGAGAUU